GUGUUUUUGUAAGUGUACCCCUCAAUCUCCCCCUCUUCUGUUUCCCCCAGUCACGAUGCGUUCAUCUUUGCUUGCAGGUCUGGUUGGUGUGUCUUCUGUUGGUGCUGUCAAGCCUUUGGUGGAUGUGAGCUAUUCCAAGUACCAAGGUGUUUCUCUUGAGAAUGGCAUUACGCAGUGGUUGGGUGUGAGGUACGCUGCUCCUCCGAUUGGAGAUUUGAGAUUUGCGGCUCCUUGUGAUCCUGUCAAGAACAAGACUACUAUUGUUGCUGAUACUUUCGGAAACACUUGUCUGGGAACUGGCUCGGCGGCUAGCAACACGUCAUCUGAAGAUUGUCUGUUUAUGAACAUCUAUGCGCCUUCGAACGCUACCACUGGCCAUCCGCUACCCGUCUACUUCUUCAUCCAAGGUGGAGGAUUCAACACAAACUCCAACCCCAACUACAACGGUACUGGCUUGAUCGAAGCAAGCAACCACAAUAUCGUUGUCGUAAACUUCAACUACCGCGUCGGACCCUAUGGUUUCCUCGCAUCCGAAGAGAUUGUCAAGGGUGGCAGCGUCAACAACGGUCUCAAGGAUCAAAUCAAGGCCCUGCAAUGGGUGCAAAAGAACAUUCGCAAGUUUGGCGGUGACCCCGACCAUGUCGUUUUGGGAGGAGCAUCUGCAGGAGCAGCUUCCAUCACUCUUUUGCUUACCGCUCACAAUGGCCGCAACGAUAAUCUCUUCCACGCCACUGCUGCUGAGUCUCAGUCUUUCGCCGCUGUCCGCAGCAUCAACGAGUCGCAAUUCAUGUACGAUAACCUGGUCAUCCGCACUGGCUGCACAAACUCCAACGAUACUCUGGCUUGUCUGCGUGGUCUCAAUGCCACUUACCUCCAAACCAAGAACAUCAACACUCCCUUCCCUGGAGCUCAGAACCCUCCUCUCUACAUGUACGGACCCACUCUGGACGGUGAUGUCGUAAGCGACUUGACAAUGGCCGCCUACCGCAAAGGAAACUUUAUCAAGCUUCCCGCCAUCUACGGCGACGACACAAAUGAAGGCACAGUCUUCGUCCCCGUAAACACCUCUUCCGUCGGCGAAAGCAACACAUUCCUAAAAGAUCAAUUCCCCCUCAUCACAACCUCCCAAUUGCGCCAAAUCAACAAACUCUACCCCAACAAUGCAUCUAACCAAUUCCCCAACUCUGGAACUUGGUGGAGACAGGCUUCUGACGCUUAUGGAGAGCUACGCUACAACUGCCCUGGCAUAAACGUAUCCGACAUCUACGCCGCGACAUUUAACCGCAAAGACAUUUACAACUACCACUGGGAUGUCGUCGACCCCGUCGCCGCAGCAGCCGGCCGCGGUGUAACCCACACCGUCGAAAUCAACGCCAUCUGGGGCCCAGAAAACACUCGUGGCAAUGCUCCAGCCUCGUACUCUACUGUCAAUGCAGCCAUUGUGCCUGUGACACAAGCUUAUUGGACCUCUUUUAUCAGAACGUUCAAUCCUAAUACUUAUAGACUCAAGGGAAGUCCUGAGUGGAAUGCUUGGACUCAGAGUCAGAAGCAGAGAUUGCAUUUCGUUACUAAUGCUACGGCUAUGGAGAAUGUAGAUGCUGUGCAGAGGGAGAGGUGUGCUUAUCUUAGUAGUAUUGCGCUGGAUAUCGCGCAGUAAGAUGAUAGAUUAUCUAUCACUGUUUCAGGCAAGGAAAUAUGAUUUCUGUCCCUAUCACGACAAUUUUGAAAUGGAAUAUUCGUG